AUGCUAGGGCUUCGAGCUACAUUUAAAAACGAUUUACACACAUCCCCAGCCGAACUAGUUUGCGGUCGCUGUCUACGUCUACCUGGCGAAUUAGUCUCUCCACUAAAAUCGACUGAUUUCGAAUAUGGCGAUUUCAUAGAGUGCAUUAGGAAUCACAUGCGCCAACUAAAGUUCAUUCCGACGAGGGAGCGUGUGGAGCAGGUUCAUCAAGCUGCAGCGUUAUCCACUUGCCCCUAUGUUUUUCUUCGCACGGACGCCGUACGCACUCCGUUACAACCGCCAUACACGGGACCACACCGCGUCCUGCGCCCUUAA